CGCGGCGGGACGAAGGCUUGCAGCUCUUCUUGCUCCGCUCAUGAUCAAGCUGUUCAGUCUGAAGGAGGAGAAGGCCAAGGAGGCCGCCGCUGGCAGCUCCACGGCGAAGGUCGCGCCCGGGCUGAUCCGCAUGCAGAAAGACAUGAGCGAGCUGACGCUCGAUCACGGCUGCAAGCUCGCGUUUCCCAACGGCAAGGAGGACCUGAUGAACUUUGAGCUGACGAUCAAGGCCACCGACGGCAUCUACAGGAACGGGAAGUUCGUCUUCAAGGUGACGGUGCCGUCCGCGUACCCGCACGACCCGCCAAAGGUGCAGUGCCUCACGACAAUCUACCACCCGAACAUCGACAUGGAGGGCGCCGUCUGCCUCAACAUCCUGCGCGAGGACUGGAAGCCGGUGCUCACGAUCCAAUCGGUGAUCAUGGGGCUGCAGUUCCUCAUCCUCGAGCCCAACCCAGACGACCCUCUCAACAAGGAGGCCGCGCUGCACAUGACGAAGAACAAGCAGCAGUUCGAGCAGCUCGUGCGCCAAACCUUCAAGGGGCGGCAGAUGAGGGUGGGGGACAAGCUCUACUCCUUCCCCUGCUUCGAGUGAGCAUGCGGCGCUCCUAUUCCCACGCGGCGGGUUGUCUGGGCGCUGUGCCGCCCCUCCUCGCUUCCUCCACAGAGAGGUGGCCCGGUGUAUGUGAGUCGACGGUUGGCGCAGACCACCGCUCUGGAGCGGGGCCUUGGGCCAGGACGAGGAGCGUGCCGUGCGUUGUUCGCCGCGCGCAAUCUUCUCGUCGCGGGGGAGCCAUCGACGAACGCGGUGUUUCUGUUUGCGUCUCGGCCCCGGUGCUCCUCUUUCUUCCGCGGUCCUUCUACGUUGUCUUGUUGCCGCUUUGUCGCCUGUAUAAGAAGAACUUUAUGUGC